AUGAGUGAAACAACACCAACAAAUGUUAUUACAAGUUUAUCAAUUGAAGAAACGAAUAGGAUCAGAAUUUCAUUAGGUUUAAAACCAUUAAAAGAAGAGUCAAAAGAAGUAAAACCACAAACAACAACAAAUAAUAAUAAUAAUAAUAAUAAUACAAAUAGUGAUACUUUAGAAGUAUUGGAUACAAUUAAUAGAUUAAAAAAAAAAAGAGAAUUAAAUUCAAAAUUAGCAGGUAAAUCUAUAGCUGAACAAUUAUUAGAAGGUGAAAAUGAAGAUGAAGAUGAUGAUAUAUCAAGUUGGAUAAAUAAAUCAAGACUAAAUGAAAAACAAAAACAAAUUGAAAGAAAGAAAGAAUUAUUAAAUAAAAAACAACAAAAACAACAACAACAUUAUAAUCAAAGUAAUUUAAAGGGUAUGAAAGUUGGUAAUGAUAUUAAAUAUUUUGAAGAUGAAAAUGAACAUAUUUUAACUUUACAAGAUUCAAGUGUAUUAGAAGAUUCUGAGGAUGUAUUGAUAAAUGUUAAUUUAACAGAGAAAGAAAAAAGAGAGAAACAAUUACAAUCAAAUAAAAAGAAAUCAAAAUUUGAUAGAUAUGAUGAUUUUGGUGAACAUAAAGGUGGAAUUUUAAGUGACUAUAGUGAUGAUGAUGGUGAUGUUGUUGAUAAUGGUUUCAUUUUAGGUAAUGAUGGUAAAUUCGAUAAAGAUUCAUCAUCCAUAGGUCAAAAUGGACUAUCAUUAAAAGAUCAAGCUAAAAAGAAUUUAGAAUCUUAUAAUAUGGAAGAUAAUACAACUACAAGUAUAUUAUCCUCAUUCUAUACUCAAGAAGAGAUGGAAAGAUUUAAAAAGAAUCGUCAAUCAUCAUCAACAACAACAAAGACUGGUAGUUCAACAGCAGCAACAGCAACAAAAGGAGAUAAAAAUAAGAAAAAGAAAUUAAGAAAGAAAUCAGCAACAAGAGAUUUACUUAAUGAAUUGGAUGCUACUACAAGUAGUGAUUUAGGUUCAAGAAGUUCAAAAUCAGUCAUCACUGAAAAGGAGAAAAAAGAAAUUGAAGAACAAAGCAAAAGAGAAGAAAAUUAUCAAAGAGCAAAAGAUAAAGCAAAUGAAAUUUCAAAACAAACUUUUAGUUCAGAUUAUUAUGAAGAAGCUGAAGAUGAAGAUUUUUAUAAAAGUUUAGCAACCGCCAAAAAAGCACCAAUCUUUCAAAAAGAGAAAAGUAUAGUUGAUAAAAUUGUAAAUAAUAAAAAGAAACAAGAUGAAUCAUUAGAUCAUCAAAAUAGUACUACUAAUAAUUUAGAAGAAAUUACAAUUAAUCCAACUUCUGAAUUUGUAAGAUCUUUAAAUCCUGAAGGUUUAAUUUCAAAUUAUAGAUUAACAACAACAACAACAACAACUACAACAAAUAAUAAUAAAAUUGAUGAUAAUACAGUAACUUCAUUAUCAAAUGAAAAUAAUAAUAAUAAUAAUGAUAGUGAUGAUAAUAAUAAUAAUAGUAAUAAUAAUAAUAAAGAUGAAGAAAUGAAAAAUAUUGACGAUGGCGAUGAUGAUGAUGACGAAAAUGAAGAAGAUGAAGAUUAUAAUAAAUAUAAAGAAAAAGAAAAGAAAUAUAAUAAUUUAUCAGCAAUAUUACCAGAGGAACCAUUAGUAUCAGGUAGUGUUUCAGCAGCAUUAAGAUUAUUUGCACAAAAAGGUGAUUUACAACCAAAUCCAGUUACAAACAAUAGGAAAAGAGGUAUUAAUUAUGAUAAUGAUGAAUCUACUGUAAUUGAACAUAAAGAUGAAUUUGGUAGAGUUAUGAGUAGAAAAGAAGCAUUUGUAAAGAUGUCUCAAGUAUUUCAUGGUAAAAAAUCUGGUAAAAAUAAAAUGGAGAAAAGAAAAAGACUCUAUGAGGAGGAAUUAAAGAAAAUGAAAAUGGAUUCAAACGAUACUCCAUUAGGUAUGGUUAAAUCAUUCCAAUCCUAUCAAGAGAAAACAAAUUCACCAUAUUUAGUUUUAUCAGGUGGUGGUGGUGCUGCAAAUAUUUUAAAACAAAAUAUUAAUAAUAAUCAAACUACAAAUAAAAAAUAA